CCCCCUCUCCCCGCGGCAGUUGGUACGUCCCGGGAUCGCCCGGCAGCAGGCGCAGGAGUCGGUGCAGCCCGGGGCCUCACCCCCGCGCCCGCCUCAGUGGUAGAGGCCGCGAUCGUUCCUGUUCGUCAGCGCCGCCGUUGCCUCAGUCGGAGCUCGCUGCCGCCGCCUCCGGGCGCUUCCUACUCCCUCUGACAGUGUAUGAGUGAUCUAUAACCCUGAGCCCGCCAUGUCCACUCCGGCCCGUAGGCGCCUCAUGCGGGACUUCAAGAGACUGCAGGAGGAUCCCCCGGCCGGGGUGAGCGGGGCCCCCUCCGAGAACAACAUCAUGGUCUGGAACGCCGUCAUCUUCGGGCCCGAGGGGACCCCUUUCGAGGACGGAACUUUCAAACUUACAAUAGAAUUCACAGAAGAAUAUCCGAAUAAGCCACCUACUGUUAGAUUCGUCUCUAAAAUGUUUCAUCCAAAUGUCUAUGCAGAUGGUAGUAUAUGUCUGGAUAUUCUUCAGAAUCGUUGGAGUCCUACUUAUGAUGUCUCCUCCAUCUUAACAUCCAUACAGUCCCUAUUGGAUGAGCCAAAUCCUAACAGUCCAGCAAACAGCCAGGCAGCUCAGCUAUACCAAGAGAAUAAGCGGGAAUAUGAAAAACGGGUUUCUGCAAUAGUAGAACAGAGCUGGCGUGACUGUUGACCCAGGAUGAUGCAAAUGAACACUCUGUUGAUGAGGAAAACAAACAAAGUGUCUCAGUCAUCUUUUUCCUCCUAGCAUUUACUUUGAAAGCAGAAUAGCUGUUGUGCUGUUGCCACCCUCCCUUGCUGAAGCUUCUUCUCCUUGGACAUCAGAAAGCACCCACCUUGAAGUCAAAUGUUCUGUACUUGGGUUACUUGCAAAAGAGUUACUGAUGCUGAAUUCAUUUUUUGUGGUCCCUCUCCAGUCUUAGGGCAGUAUUGUGCAUUUCUGUAGUGUACACUAAGCUUUUAAUUGUAAUUGUGUUAUACACAGUGAUGCUUAUGUGUAGCUUGAUAAAGGGAUGUUUAUAUACAUACACAUUUUUUAACUGAUAUUAACUAAAGUGCUGAUCUGUCCAGGCUGGUCAUUUACCUCUACUAUUGGUUUAGACCCCGCUGCAUUUGUAAGUACUGAGUGAAGAAAUAACCUUGUUUCCCUUUUGUAUUGGUUUAUCAGUUCCUUACUCAUGGAAAAAAAACCCUCCAACUCUUGAUUCCAAUUCAAGACUGUGGAAUGCUAGUUACUUUGGCACUUCACACACAAGAUUUAUGUACAGAUAUACGUAAAUCACUACAGUUUUGGUACUUGAUCUUUGCUUAGGGUGAAAACAACCCCUCUUUUUUAAUUUUAUUUUAUUUUAAAGGACGUUCCUACAGAGACUGCUUCAGUAAGUUUCUGUAGUCCUGUCACUGAGGCAUUACUGGACAAAACCAGGUAGAGCUGUGGUACUCUGAGCAAAAGACCUUCCACACUAAGGAAGAGGAAAAACCUGGAGCACUCUAGCAGUGGAAUUACUCUCCUUCAGUGUCUUUAUCCUGCCCCUUGUCUUUACCUGUGAAAGAUAAGUUACUUGGGAUCCAACUUUGCCUCGUGGAAAGUUUGAAUAAUGUAGGAUAAAGGGUAGGCACCUGAGUCUCUGCAGUUUCUGCUCUUUGUAGAUUACUGUGUGGUUUGUGUGAGCUACUGCUGCAUGCUUGAGUUACUUCCAUAAAACUGAAGGGAAACUGUUUUUUCAAUUCUGAAAAAAAAAAUGCCAUUUGUAAGUCCAGACUCACUUUUUUGGUAAGGCCAAGUUUCUACAUUUGGGUACAGUACCUUAAGCAGCAGUGUGGGAUGAGGAAACCUACAAUUGUGUUGUCCACUGUUCCAGUGUCUUUUGUGUGCACAUUGGUCUGUUAGUUGAGAAGUUUAACUUUGCACAAGUAACCCAUGUAAGAAACUGUACAUUUUUCAAAAGUUGUAAAUAAAGUGUAACCUUAGUGCUUAUUGUAUAAAUAGGCAA